ACGGGUUAAGGCGUGCGGGGCGAGGUGGAAAAGUUGCUGUUGAAUUUCACUUUAAGGCACCGGACAGAAAGCAGCGAAAUGGAUGACUUCCGCUCCAUCUGCCUGCUGUCCCUGGCCAUGCUGGUCGCCUGCUAUGUGGCAGGGAUUAUCCCCUUGGCAGUUAAUUUUUCCGAGGAGAGAUUAAAGUUGGUGACUGUUCUGGGUGCUGGGCUGCUGUGUGGAACUGCUUUGGCUGUCAUUGUGCCAGAAGGAGUACAUGCACUUUAUGAAGACAUUUUGGAGGGGAAGCAUCACCCAGCGAGCGAGAUGCAGCGUGUGAUUGAGUCUGAGAAGGUAGCGGAAAUCCCGGUUGUACAUGAAUAUGGCCAUGACCAUUCCAGGUUGCACGCCUACAUCGGUGUAUCCCUUGUCCUCGGCUUUGUCUUCAUGCUGUUGGUAGACCAGAUAGGCAGCUCUCAUGUGCACUCUACAGAUGAUCCAGAAGCUGCAAGAUCAGGCAACUCCAAAAUCACCACGACGUUGGGACUAGUAGUCCAUGCUGCAGCUGAUGGUGUUGCGUUGGGUGCAGCAGCUUCUACGUCUCAGACUAGUGUCCAGUUGAUAGUAUUUGUUGCAAUUAUGUUGCACAAGGCACCAGCUGCCUUUGGCCUGGUUUCCUUCCUGAUGCAUGCUGGGCUGGAACGGAAUCGAAUUAGAAAACACUUGCUGGUCUUUGCGUUGGCAGCACCUGUUAUGUCCAUGGUGACAUACUUAGGGCUAAGCAAGGUAAAGCAGCAAAGAAGCCCUUUCAGAAGUCAAUGCCACCGGAGUUGCGAUGCUGUUUUCUGCUGGGACUUUUCUUUACGUUGCCACAGUUCAUGUCCUCCCAGAAGUAGGAGGAAUUGCUCAUAGCCACAAACCUGAAUCAACUGGAGGGAAAGGACUCAGUCGCCUGGAGGUGGCAGCCCUAGUAUUAGGAUGCCUUAUUCCUCUAGUUUUGUCCGUUGGACACCAUCAUUAAGCGCUCGAAUUUCACCGUUCUCCUCCUUGAUCUGACGUGAGCAGUAAAUGUUGGCUGCUCCCUUUAUCGUUGUCUCUUACCCAUCAUCCAUCCCAUCCACUUUAUGGAGUUCAGAGGGAACCUUGAUUGCAAGAUGAGGAAUACUGGGAAAGUUUUUAGUGUAGCAAAAUGUACUUUGGCAGCCGGACAUAAAUUCUAUGUAACUUUCUUUUCUGAAGACAUUUGCUAUUUUAAUUGUUACUUCUGGCCCUAUUCUCAGGGACGAUGGAAUUUGGAGUUUAAGAAAGGUGAGCGGGGAAGAACAUAGCGACUCAUCACGAAAUUGCAAUCACCAAAGUAUCCUGCGAU